CACCCUCAAGGCCUCGAGGAUUAGUGACUUGGUGAAUCGAAUCCCGCAGGAGUUCCUUACACCUAUAUAUAUGUCCAGUGCCCACCUGCACAGCGAGCCAACGGUCGUCUAUCUCAGCACUAUACUGCAAUGUACCAAUUCAUCAAAAAAGUCUCAGAACAAUGCGGCAUUCCUUUCUGCACCAUAUCAGAAUACCUUGGAAACACUUUCAACAUCGUAUUUGAAGGGCUCAAAAACUGGUUUCCGCCGCCCGGUGAAGCUCCUGGUCAUGAGGAGCGCAUGGCCAUGACGGACGCAGUUUUUGAUCGCGUUGAGGAAUACUCUUUGCAGGUCGCCGGUGGGCUCGGAGUGAACAAUACACGCCUUCAAAGUCUGACGGGUUCUCUCAAAUCAGCUGUUAAACAUAUUGUGACCAUCGGAGAUUUUAAGGAGCAGCAUCCAUACCUUGCGUGGCUGCCGGACAUUGCGAUUGGCAUGCUACUUUCCCAAGGGUUUCUUCCUAUUCGGAUUCUCCGGAUAGUGAAGGCUAAAAUUGUUAUGUGGUUGCUAUGGUACUCAAUUGACCUCGUCGUGCGAAAGCGUAGGUAGUUCGCGGUGCUUCAGUGCUUCACUAUGUUGGGAGGAGUGCGCGCGGCGCUGUAGAGCUGGUACGAGGUUUCGUGAAUGUUUGGCCCGUGACUGAAACCCUCGAUCGGGCCUGUUGCGUUUGUAUUACUUACACGCACAUUACUUGAAGUUCACUCGUCAUAUAUCCGUAGUAGGCAGUGGGAUUUCAUGCACCCUGUAAGGCAAAAUCAAUGUUUGACUCAGG